GUUUUGAUUUUCCUCUUAGGAAUAGAAGUUGAAGUGAAACUUCCAGGUUCUUACUUGUUUUUUGUUGGAUAUACAGUAUUUUGUGUUUAUUGUUCCUGUUUAAUCCCUCAUCUGCUAGCUUUUGACCCCCAAAUUGCCUCUUUUAGAUGGGAAAUCUUGCAAUGCCAGAGGCAUAGUUGAUUGAGAACUCUUGUUUGGGUUGUAGCUAACAAAAGCUUUAUUGUUUCUGGAUGGGUUAGGUUUUUGGAUGUAAGGUUUUUCUGCUCUGCUGUUUCCAUCAAUCUGUCUUGGUGUGCUAUUCUCUUGGUCCACUUAAUGUGUAACUUAUACCCAGUGUUUUCAUUUAUAGGAUUUAUGUCCAUCAUUCAAUUGUGUGUUCAUUAUAUAUUUCCUUAUUUUUAAAAGCUGUCAUAGUUGUAUGUCUUCUAUUUAAGGACUUGUGAAGGGGAUUUAGCCCAAUGCCAAGAAUCAGAUGUGUCCAUUGUGAUUUGAAUCCUACCAGAAUCUGGUAGGUCCUUAAAACAAAACUGCCUCACUGACAAGCAGAAAUCUCUGUUAAUGGCACUUUCUCACUUAACCAUUAGUUUUAAAAUAAAAGAGUUAUUUUAUAGAAAUGAUCCUGAGGAAUUUUGAGAUUUAGAAGUACCUUCUGAAUCAUUUCUUUAUGUUCUAUAUAUUUAUUUAUAAAUAUACCACUGUUAAAACUGUUAUUUUUAAAUGACAUAAAUAAAAUUUUUAAUUAUUUAAAGUAAUGAUGCCAUGUUACAAAGGAUUGAGAGGAGUGAAAAGAAGAUACUUCUACGGCCCCCAUUCAACAAACUGUGAUCAUUUUUUUAUUCCCUUUUUGUGCAUAUAUUUAUAGUUGUAAUUUGUAAUCUCUGUGCAAUUUUGUAUCCUGCUUUAAAAAUUGUAUAUAAUCUACACAGCUAUGUUCAUAAAUUAUCUUCAUGCUUCUUACUUAUUUUAAUUGUUGUAUAAUAUCCCAUAAAGUAACUGUACUAUAAUUUACUAAAUAUUAGGCACUUCUGUAUUUUCACUAUUGUAAAUAGUUUGCAAUCUUAUAUUUGGGUCUGUGGCAUUUUCUGUAUGUGGGUUUGUUUUUCCUGUUUUGUUUCUCUUCUCCUACUUGGACUAGAUUCCUGGAAGUGAACUACUGAGGUAGAAGCAUAUGUGUAAGUUUUUAUGGCUCUGAGUAUACACACAUAUACUAUGAAUAUACACACAUAUACUAUGAAAUUGCUUCUCCAGAAAGAAAAUGGGAACACCCAUCUGCAGUGACACCAGCAGUGUUUGAAAGGGAUAGGUUUACUGGGCUUGCAGUAACACUGAGUCCACUUUUUGAGCAAUGCUAAUUUAGUAAAUAAAAUGUGAUAACUCUUUUUUUUUUUUUUUUUUGCAUCUCUUUAAAUAUUAGUGUGGUUGGACAAUUUUAUAUAUUGCUUAACUAGUCAUAGCUCUCUCUUUGUGAAUUCUCUAGCCGUGUUUUGUCCAUUGUUUAUUUAGGUAAUAUGUUUAUUCUAGGCAUUCCUUACAUUUAGAUAGAAAUACCUUAUACAUUCAUAUUAGAACCUUGUCACAUUUGCUGUUGUUUCCAUUGGUGUCGUGUCUUUCGAAUGUACUUUAUUGUAUUCUGAUCAGAAUUGAUAAAUUGUAUCUGGUAGGAUGAUACUCUGUUAAACAGAAUUUAUCUAUUCCUGCUCUGCCAAAUGAUAGGCUUCACUGGAAUUAUGAAUAAUCUUUAAGAUGGUAGUAAUGAAAUGCUUAAAUGAAAUGCUUAGUUUCUUGUGCACCUUUGAGUUAGUAAAUUUUGGUGACAAUCAUAUUAAUAGGAGUUUGAAAGCUUGAGAGCUGUACUUGUUUAAUAAUUUUAUGUCCUACUUGCUCUCUUUUUCUAUUCUUGAGAUAAAAAUUCUUUGUUUAUUAAAAAAUUAUGAUUUUUUUAUGGAUCUAGAAAAACAUCUGCAAAAUUUAGUAGUACCAACAAGCUUUUUAGUGUUGAUCACAUUUUCACGAACGUUUGUGAGCAUGUUGGUGUUUGUUUCCAGCGAGAAGCAGUUGGAAUGUUUGUUGACAUACUGCAUUAAGGUGCCAAUGCUCGUCCUGGACCCAGCCCUGCCAGCCAGCGUCACACUGAAGGACCUGCCAUCUCUUUAUCCUUCUUUUCAUUCUGCCAGUGACGUAUUCAACGUUGCAAAACCAAAAAACCCUUCCACUAAUGUCUCAGUUGUUGUUUUCGACAGUACUAAGAAUGUUGCAAUUGUAUUCAGAGGCCAGUGUAGCACUUCUGAAACUGAAUAACCCCAAAGAUUUCCAAGAACUGAAUAAGCAGACCAAGAAGAACAUGACCAUUGAGGGAAAAGAACUGACUAUAAGUCCUGCAUAUUUAUUGUGGGACCUGAGUGCCAUCAGCCAGUCUAAGCAGGAUGAAGAUGUUUCUGCCAGCCGUUUUGAAGAUAAUGAAGAGCUGAGAUACUCCCUGCGAUCCAUUGAGAGGCAUGCUCCAUGGGUUCGGAAUAUUUUCAUUGUCACCAAUGGGCAGAUUCCCUCUUGGCUGAACCUUGAUAAUCCUCGAGUGACAAUAGUCACACACCAGGAUGUUUUUCGAAAUUUGAGCCACUUGCCUACCUUUAGUUCACCUGCUAUUGAAAGCCACAUUCAUCGCAUCGAAGGGCUGUCCCAGAAGUUUAUUUAUCUGAACGACGAUGUCAUGUUUGGGAAGGAUGUGUGGCCAGAUGAUUUUUAUAGUCACUCGAAAGGUCAGAAGGUUUAUUUGACAUGGCCUGUGCCAAACUGUGCUGAGGGCUGCCCGGGUUCCUGGAUCAAAGAUGGCUAUUGUGACAAGGCUUGUAAUAAUUCAGCCUGUGAUUGGGAUGGUGGUGACUGCUCUGGUAACAGUGGCGGGAGUCGCUACGUCGCAGGAGGCGGGGGUACUGGGAGUAUUGGAAUUGGACAGCCCUGGCAGUUUGGCGGAGGUCUAAACAGUGUUUCUUACUGUAAUCAAGGAUGUGCUAAUUCCUGGCUUGCUGAUAAGUUCUGUGACCAGGCUUGCAAUGUCUUGUCCUGUGGGUUUGAUGCUGGCGACUGUGGGCAAGAUCAUUUUCAUGAAUUGUAUAAAGUAACACUUCUCCCAAACCAGACUCACUAUGUUAUUCCAAAAGGUGAAUGCCUGCCUUAUUUCAGCUUUGCAGAAAUAGCCAAAAGAGGAAUUGAAGGUGCCUAUAGCGACAACCCAAUAAUUCGACAUGCUUCCAUUGCCAAUAAGUGGAAAACCAUCCACCUCAUAAUGCACAGUGGAAUGAAUGCAACCACAAUACAUUUUAAUCUCACGUUUCAAAAUACAAACGAUGAAGAGUUCAAAAUUCAGAUAAUAGUAGAGGUUGACACGAGAGAGGAACCCAAAGUGAAUUCUACAACCCAGAAAUCUUACCAAAAUUUGGUUAGCCCCACGACACUUCUACCAGAGGCAGAAAUCCUGUUUGAAGAUAUUCCUGAAGAGAAACGCUUUCCAAAGUUCAAGAGACAUGAUGGCAACACAACAGGAAGAUUCCAAGCGGAGAUGAAAAUUCCCCAAGUGAAUAUUUCACUCCUUCCGAAAGAGGCCCAGUUGAGUCUCAGUAACUUGGAUUUGCAACUAGAACGUGGAGAUAUCACUGUGAAAGGGUACAACCUGUCCAAGUCAGCUUUGCUGAGAUCAUUUCUGAAGAACCUACCAGAUGCUAAAAUAAAAAGAAAUCAAGCUAUAAUAACAGAUGAAAGAAAUGACAGUGUAGAGGCCCCGCUGGAAAAACAGGUUCACAAAAGCAUCUUGCCAUAUAGCUUGGGAACAUUUGAAAGAUUACAGAAGUCAACUUAUCCAGCAGCAACAAUAAAAGUGAAUGGCCACUACCAGAGUCAGAAUCCACCCCCAGACUUAGAAAUGGAAGGCAAAUUUAGAUCUGAAAUUCUGAUCCAAGAAGUAAGAGGCGAAAGUGUGUCAAAAGAAAAACUCUCAUCUCGAAUUGUUCCACUGCAAGACCAGAUGACAAAAGAAAAAAUCACAGGGAAAGAACAAGAGAAACACAGAAUGGAGGAAAAUGUGAACAAUUAUAUCGAUGUUAAUGAAGUAUUACCUGGCAGAAAACUGCAGCAUCACGCAGACAGUUACCUGGGCUUUUUGCCAUGGGAGAAAAAAAAAUAUUUCCAAGAUCUUCUUGAUGAAGAAGAGUCAUUGAAGACACAGUUAGCAUACUACACUGAUAGCAGACACACUGGGAGGCAACUAAAAGAUACAUUUGCAGAUUCCCUCCGUUAUGUAAAUAAAAUUCUUAACAGCAAGUUUGGAUUCACAUCUCGGAAAGUCCCUGCUCACAUGCCUCACAUGAUUGACCGAAUCGUUAUGCAAGAGCUUCAGGAUAUGUUUCCUGAGGAAUUUGACAAGACGUCAUUUCACAAAGUGCGCCAUUCUGAGGAUAUGCAGUUUGCCUUUUCGUAUUUUUAUUAUCUCAUGAGUGCAGUUCAGCCACUGAAUAUAUCUCAAGUUUUUGAUGAAGUUGAUACAGACCAAUCUGGUGUAUUAUCUGACAGAGAAAUCCGAACACUGGCUACCAGAAUUCAUGACCUGCCUUUAAGUUUACAGGAUUUAACAGGUCUGGAACACAUGCUAAUAAAUUGCUCAAAAAUGCUUCCUGCUAAUAUCACUCAGCUAAGCAGUAUUCCACCAACUCAGGAAGCCUACUAUGAUCCCAAUCUGCCACCAGUCACUAAGAGUCUAGUAACCAACUGUAAACCAGUAACUGAUAAAAUCCACAAAGCAUAUAAGGACAAAAACAAAUAUAGGUUUGAAAUCAUGGGAGAAGAAGAAAUUGCUUUUAAAAUGAUUCGUACCAAUGUUUCUCAUGUGGUUGGCCAGUUGGAUGAUAUAAGGAAAAACCCCAGGAAGUUUGUCUGCCUGAAUGACAACAUUGACCACAAUCAUAAAGAUGCCCAGACAGUGAAAGCUGUUCUCAGGGACUUCUAUGAGUCCAUGUUCCCCAUACCAUCCCAGUUUGAGCUGCCAAGGGAGUAUCGAAACCGUUUCCUCCACAUGCAUGAGCUGCAGGAAUGGAGAGCAUAUCGAGACAAAUUGAAGUUUUGGACUCAUUGUGUACUAGCAACAUUGAUUAUGUUUACUGUAUUCUCAUUUUUUGCCGAACAGUUAAUUGCACUAAAGCGGAAGGUAUUUCCGAGAAGGAGGAUACAGAAAGAAGCUAGUCUCGAUCGAAUCAGGGUAUAGAAGAUCUUCAUUUGAAAAUCAUCUACCUCAGCAUUCACUGAGCAUUUUAAAACUCGGCAUCACAGAGAUGUCUUUGUGACAUCAGCCAGCUUGGCCUGAAGAAGGAAAAGCAUCCAGUACAAUACUUGUUUUGUGGUGUGAAUAUAGCCUACUGAGCAGUAAUUGUUUAACCAAGACAUGGAAAACUUGUGUGCUGAGCAGCUCUGGACUGGUUUUACUUUUAAAGCAUUUGCUCCUGGACCCAUCAUUUUACUGAAAAGGCUCACUGACAAGAGACAGCUGCUAAGUUCCCAUAGCAACCAUUGCCAAUUAACUUUCACAUGAGAAGCCUUGGCUAGCUUGGGAGCCAUUGCUAAGAGAACCCAGUCUUUGCAUUCCAAAGCCUUUUGCUGUGGUUUUACAUUUUUGGGUUUGUUUUUGUUUUUCCCAUUUCCUAUUUUUAAAAUAAGUAGCUACUAAGUUAACUAGUUACCCUUGCUUCCGAAAAUAAUGAAUUGGGAUAUCUAAACACAUUUUUAUAGAUGUUAUUUAAAUAAUGCAACAAUACCACCUCCUACUGGAAAUACCUAAAUUAUGGAUUUUAUUAACAUUUAAGACCGUAAGUGGUCAACUACUGAGGAGAUCAAUGACUGACAUCUGAAGUACUUUGUGCUUGUUUACUUCAGCCCCUAAGAAUGUGAUUUCAUGUGGAGGCCUAAUUACAAAGGGCUAGAGUUAAGUAGCAGAGCUACCUUUCAGAUGUAAUUAUGUUUUGGAAAUGUACAUAUUCAAACAGAAGUGCCUCAUUUUAGAAAUGAGUAAUGCUGAUGGUACUGGCACAUUACAGUGGUGUCUUUUUUAAUACUCAGUAUAAUUCUAGUAGCUAUCUCUUUCAGCUGGUUUCAUAUAAUGCAGGGGUCAGCAAACUUUCUGUAACAAGCCACAUAGUAAAUAUUUGCAGGCCAUAUGUAUCUCUGUUGCAUAUUCUUCUUUAUUGUUUAGGUGUUUUAUUUUUUUUUAACCUUUAAAAAUGUCAAAACCGUGUUUAGCUUGCAGCUGUACAAAAACAGGCCACCAGCUGAAUUUGGCCCACAGGCCAUUGUUUGCUGACCACUGGGAUAGAGAACUAGUAUUUUUAUGUAUGAGUAAGCCCUGAUGUUCAGCUCUAUUUUAUUUAUAUCAUUAUAUGGUGGAUUUCUGGAGACCAGAUUCUGUAAGUCCUUUUUGAACUCUAACAGGUAUUUUAGAUCAUGAUCUCAACAGUAUUCUUUCAAAAUGGCACACAUAUUUUGUAAAAAAAAACUUGUAAAUACAGUGUUUGUGCUACAAGAGUUAUGUAUUUCAAAAUGUGAAAUCUCAUAAAAACUUACAUUUUGUCUGAUGCUUUGAUUUUUAAA